AUGCCGCUUCCCGUGCUUCCGGCGGCCAUGGCCGUGAAAGCCAUGGCUUCGAUCAACAGUGCUGCCGCCGCCGCGAAUCAAACUUCCUCCUACGCGAACCUCGCCGCUCAGAACGUGGACCUGGCAAUCGACCAGUUUAACAACGCCAUGGCUAAUUGGGAAAGCUACAUCUACGGCACGCCGGUCUCCUCCAUUCCCGCGGCCACGCGGCGCAGCCCCAUUGGGCAAGCGCCUCUGGCGAUCAUUCCCGACCAGGUAGCAGUGAGUGGUAUCGGAGAAAUCGGGCUGGCGGGUUUUGCGGCCGUUCACGGAUCAACGACGAUGAUGUUGACAGAGGCAAACAAAGUCAUUGAUGGAACGGGAAGCCGAUUUAUUUGCGAUGAACGCAAAGUCGGACUUCGUGCCAGUUGUGGAAUAAAACCAGCGAUCCGGCGACAAGAAAGGAACAGCAGAGGUUCUGUUAGGAUGACGGAAAGGCGAGUUUUUAGCAAAUAUACGCGGGGGGCAGAAUGUAUCGGAGGAGUGAAGACAGACGGUUCUUGCGGCCUGAAUUUUCUUUGA